CAACAUCUAGAUUAUUUCAAGAAGCAGCAUUUUACCAUCCAGCCCUGAACCCACAAAUCCUGGGCUCUUGCUGCUCUCUGGUGGCAGAAGCUGGGAGCCCGGAGCCCCGGGGAAUCGCACCUCUUACACUCAGCUAGGGCAAGGGCAAGCUGAGAGUGACCGCAAGUCUAGAGAGGGGAAGGGAGGCAGCGAGACGCGCUGGGGCAAAGGCCGGGGUGCAGGAGAGCUGAGGAGAGGAGGACAAGGGGACCGCUAGGGCAGAGGACGGUCCUGAGCACGGGUCGUGAGCACCGGCGAGGACCCCUGCCGCCGCUGGACGCACGGAGCCCCUUCGCUGGCCCGCAGCUUGCGCUCGCGCCGGCCGCCCCCUCCUCCCUCCCGGCCGCCCCUCCUCCGUCCCGCCCCCGCGCAGAGUCCCCAGCGCCGCAGUGGCCACCGCCUGCACUGCCGCUCCCGGAGCUGCCGCUCGCCCGGACGCGCUUGGAGAGGGGAGCAGGGAGCACGCCCGGCCCUUCUUUCCUUGUGACUCCGCAGCCACCGCCAGGGCCCGUUACCUCACGCCAACGUUCCCGUGGGGACCUUCACGGCCCGGUGGCCUCCACUGCGCUCUCCCUGCACCACCGCUCCCCUGCGGCCCCUCUGCCGCGGGAACUUGGGCAGGACCGACGGGACCGGCGCGCGGGGGCUGGCUCGGGCGCUGCGGCGAUGCCCGCGGGCUCCCUCUCCGCCACUUGCUCGCCCUGUGCCUGGGCUCGGGCCCCGACGGCUGCUCCGUGAGAUGACUUUCCGCGACAUCCUGAGCGUCACUUUCGAAGGACCCCGGUCGAGCAGUAGCUCUGGGGGCUCCGGCGCGGGCGGCGGAGCUGGCACGGUUGGCCCCGAGGGUCCGGCGGUGGGCGGCGUGCCGGGUGCCACAGGCGGCGGCGCUGUGGUGGGAACGGGCAGCGGCGAGGACAACCAGAGCUCCACGGCAGAACCGGGAGCCGCGGCAAGCGGCGAGGUGAAUGGCUCGGCGGCCGUCGGGGGGCUAGUGGUGAGUGCGCAGGGCGUGGGAGUGGGUGUCUUCCUGGCGGCCUUCAUCCUCACCGCUGUGGCGGGCAAUCUGCUCGUCAUCCUCUCGGUGGCCUGCAAUCGCCACUUGCAGACGGUCACCAACUAUUUCAUCGUGAACCUGGCGGUGGCUGACCUGCUACUGAGUGCAGCUGUGUUGCCCUUCUCAGCCACUAUGGAGGUUCUGGGCUUCUGGGCCUUCGGCCGGACCUUCUGCGACAUAUGGGCCGCGGUGGACGUGCUGUGCUGCACUGCCUCCAUCCUUAGCCUCUGCACCAUCUCUGUGGACCGCUACGUGGGUGUGCGCCACUCGCUCAAGUACCCAGCCAUUAUGACAGAGCGCAAGGCCGCUGCCAUUCUGGCUCUGCUUUGGGCGGUGGCCCUGGUGGUAUCUGUGGGGCCGCUACUCGGUUGGAAGGAGCCAGUGCCCCCGGAUGAGCGUUUCUGCGGCAUCACCGAGGAGGUGGGCUAUGCCAUCUUCUCUUCCGUAUGCUCCUUCUACCUUCCCAUGGCAGUGAUCCUGGUCAUGUACUGCCGCGUGUAUGUGGUCGCGCGCAGCACCACGCGCAGUCUCGAGGCGGGCAUCAAGAGGGAACCGGGCAAGGCCUCCGAGGUGGUUCUGAGGAUCCACUGUCGAGGUGCAGCCACUAGCGCCAAAGGAAAUCCGGGCACACAGAGUAGCAAAGGCCACACCUUGCGCAGUUCGCUUUCUGUAAGGCUGCUCAAGUUUUCCCGCGAGAAAAAGGCUGCCAAGACGUUGGCCAUCGUCGUGGGUGUCUUCGUCCUGUGCUGGUUCCCCUUCUUCUUCGUCCUGCCUCUGGGCUCUCUGUUCCCGCAGCUGAAACCAUCAGAAGGCGUCUUCAAGGUCAUCUUCUGGCUGGGCUACUUCAAUAGCUGUGUGAACCCGCUCAUCUACCCCUGCUCCAGUCGAGAGUUCAAGCGCGCCUUCCUCCGCCUCCUGCGCUGCCAGUGUCGCCGCCGCCGCCGCCGCCUCUGGCGAGUCUACGGCCACCACUGGCGAGCCUCGACCGGCGACCCGCGCUCCGACUGCGCCUCCAGCCCUCGCGUUGCACCUCCCGGGGCCCCCCUAGCCCUCACUGCACACCCGGGCCCGGGCUCCGCAGAUACAACGGAGACGCAGGCUUCGGUCUCCGGCCGUCGAAAGCCAGCCUCUGCCCUCCGGGAGUGGAGGCUGCUCGGGCCGCUACAGAGACCCACGACCCAGCUGCGUGCGAAGGUGUCCAGCCUGUCCCAUAAGAUCCGCUCUGGGGGCGCGCGGCGCGUGGAGACUGCGUGCGCCCUGCGCUCGGAGGUAGAAGCAGUGUCCCUAAAUGUUCCCCAAGAUGGGCCAGAAGCCGUCAUCUGCCAGGCUUAUGAGCCGGGCGACUACAGCAACCUCCGGGAGACUGACAUUUAAGGACCAAAACUCAGGCUGGGGAGGGUGCUUGGGCCAGGGGUGGGGUGCUUUGUGGGAUGCUGCCUUCGGAUCCAAGACUCUGACCAGGGUGGCUGCUCCAUCUCACCCCAGAGCAACCGGAGCUGAACCUGGGGUCGGAGCACUCCGAAGGUGGGGGGUUACGGUGCCGCCUGCUGGACAUAGUUGUCCAGAGUUUUUCCUGAAAGGGAGGGGCUUCAGGAUUCGUCUUUCUCAUCCAGUCUAAGAAACUGUUUCGUCAGCUCCUGAUGUCUAGGCAGAAGACUUCAGGUUUGGCUACUCCCCUUGGGGAGAAGAGGUACAAAUCCUUAUUUUGCUGCUCCCAGGGAAAAGAUCCGUGGACAGUUUCUACUCCUUACUGCCACCUGGAGGACGUCAAUGGACCUACCAUACGACCUGCCAUACAGCAAGCUAAGGUGGCGUGCCAGCCAUACAAAUCUUGUUUUCCCGCCCGCCCUGGGUCCACUGCCCCCCUCCCCACACUCCUAACUGUAUGAACCCCUCACCAUCCCCCCGCCCGGACCUUACUGUUUACACUGUGUACAUAGUUCGUUGUGCCUGUCUGUGCCCAUCACGUCUCCCUGGGAUUCCAGGCUGCCAACAGGGGAGAACUUUAUUUAUCGUUUUGAAACCUAUUUAUUGGUAAGAGUACUUAUAUUUUGUUCAGACUGUGCAAACUGU